AUGACAUCCUUUGUGAACGAUCUUGAGGCUAUUCGUUUGGCCUCUCAGUGCAGUCAGGACCCUCCAGGACCGUCUUUGGUUCCACAGGCUCCCAAGUGCACGUCAGUGGCUACACCUGUGUCUUCUUUAGAGCGGACCACUGGUCAGCCUCUCAACCAGCUUGUGCAUAUCGACGCUGAGGAAGUACUGCCCAAGGCAGCAGGGAAGCUUUCCGCAUCUUUCUUGGAGCAUCUGGAUAAGCUGCAUUGCGAAUCUUCUGAUUUAGGUGGAGACCAAGCCGUCGUUCAGCAGCUGGCUGAUGGUCAGUUGCACAUGAGCUCUGUGGGCUUGCAGGAUUCUCCCGCCAAUUCAGGCUCCUCAGCUAGCUGGGAUCUGAUCGCUCCAGCUUCGCUUAACACUUCUUCGGUUGCAGUGCCUUCGGUGUGCACGGUUAAGCGCUAUCGGAAGACAUCUCUGCCAGUGCAAGAAACUCCAGCAGAUGUUUCGCCUGUGCUCUUGCAGGCUCGCCCCAAAUCUUCCGGGUACAGGUCGCGAUCUCGAUCAGAGGAAAGGGCGCCCUUGCCCAUGGUUGGCUUAGGUGAUGGGGCGUCGCAUGUCGACCACAGACACAGGUUGAGUAUUGGGUCUAAGAUCCCGCUAGGUCCCUUUCGACCCCUCCCCGCCCCUGCUCCUGUCCCUAGGUCCCGGGUUGCCUCGCCUUCAGUUGGGGGUAGGCCUGGUUUGUGCCCGCCUGUGCCACGAGCCAAGAAUCGUGCAGCCUUUUAUGCGAAGCACAAUCGUGUGCCGCGUGUGGGUGAGACGCAUGGGCCUUCUGUGCUUGCUGCCGUCCCAAAGAUCGUAUCUCCUGCAGGUGCCGGAUUGUCUGCCUCCGCGUCUCGAGGUACAAGGAAUUCUCUGCAGGCACCUUCUGCGAGCGGUGGCCGGGCUGCUAAGAUUGGCGGCUUCACAUUGCAACAGCACGUCCACCAGCAGCAGUUCGCCAGUGUGCUUGACUUGCAAAGCAGCGUGCACGCUGCAGACUUGGUUGUGCACAAGUUCUUGGAUCAGUUAAGGGUGCUUUGGCAUCUGUCGUGGGACUCUGCUUCGCAAUCGGCCGUUGUAGAUUGCAUACUCUCCUUGCGAAGGGAUCAUCAGGACUGCCAUCAACUUAAUGCCGUCAAGGCACUGCGCUGGCUGGCAAAGCUGCUUCGCCUUCAGGUGGAUAAUCUUUAUGAUGGCUUGUUCAAGCCGCUGGUGAACGUGGCAAGCUCGGGCAAGUUGCGUCGUGAGUCCUAUCCUCUGCCUUGGAGGUUGGUCAGCUUCUUUGAGCAGGCGCUGAUCUUCCGGACGUUGCCAGUGCCUGCCUUGCUCCUUGCUGGGGCUGCACUUUCUUGCAUUUUCGGGUCAUUGCGCUGGUCUGAUUCUCAGCACUUGCGCUGGGAUAGCAUCGUCUUCUCGGCAUCCUGUGUGCGCGCUCUUAUCUUCAGGACAAAGACCUCUCGGGCAGGGAUGCCGGUAGGCUUUCGCGUUGCCGGGGUUCACGGAGCUGAAGCCUCUGUCAUGCAGUCAUGGGUGGCUCAUUAUCUUGAGCUCUUGUCCGAUGCUUGGGAUGAGAUGAGGGCUGCUUUUGGUGACUUAGUUUGUCCUGAUUGCUUGUGGUUCUCUUGGGACAGUAAAUCGGCCACCUUCGCACCGCUUAGUUACGCCCAGUGCCUGCGCUUCUUGCGUGAGUCCGCUGUCGCGGCUGGCCUCUCGGAAGGUGUCCUCGAGGUCGCUUCGCUGACUUUGCAUUCGAUGAAGGUCUGCUUACUGUCGGCCAUGCUGAUCCUCAAUGUCGACCGGCCGGCUCGACUCGCGCAAGGACAUCACAAAGGGUCUAGCGCCGAAUUGUACGGCCGUGACGAUAUUUGGCCCGCACUGGGCGCGCAGGAUGUGGUUUUGGCUAAGGUGCAGGCAGGAUGGCUUCCACUGACGCCGCUGGCUCGUGGCGGACAGGUUCCGAUUCAGCAGCUCCCACUGCUAGAGUUGCAGAGUGUUCAGCCGUGUGCGUCUUCAGCCUCUUGCUUCCCGUUGCUGCCGGACUUCAGUGCUGCUCACGAUCCUGAGGCAGCCGCGGUGCCAAUGAUUGCAUCUCAGGUUGCAGCGGCCGACAUUUUGUCUGAGCCCACCCAGGCGCCUUCUCAGACGCAGGUUGCAGCCCAAGAUUUUGAUUCUUCCUCUUCCGACGGUGAUCCCGCAGACGUAGAGUCGUUGGGCGACGCGGAGGAGGUCUGUUUCCUUCGUGCGAAGUCGGGCAUCAUUCACAUUGCUUCUGCUGCUCCCUCAGGCACAGGCGUGUCCUGUGGGUCGCUCUGGCUUAAGCCCGCCUGUGGCAUGCUGUCUUCGGAGCUCGAGCUGGUUGGCUCAGUGCCAACGGGGGCUCUGCACGCAAACUUGGUGCGUCGUGAAGUUUUGUUUUGGCUGAGCGAUCUCGACCUGCGCGCGGAGGGAUUAGCUCUCUGGGGGGCGAUGGCAGCCUUCCCAGCUUUUGCGGCCGAUGCAGGCCUCGCACACAAGCAAUCAGAUGCGGGUGUACCGCUAGCCACAUUCUUCGCAUCAUUGCAGCCUGCGGGUUCCAUGUGGGUGCGGCCGGUGCCGGCUUCACUCACGGCCGGUUUGGGCGCUGAGCUCUGCCGUGCCCAGCUCACUGAAGGUCCCAGUUACGGCAUGCUUCCUAACAACGUUGUGGACUCACCGGUCUUCCGGGUACCCGAGUACGAGUUUUGCAGGUUUAUCCAUUUCGGGCACAUUGUGGCCCCGGGUGCUUUGCCGGUGGAUCCAGAUCCUUCGGUCUCGACGAUGGACUCCCUUCUUGCUUCGCAUAACAUACCCGAGGCGCUGCACUACCACUUUGCGGAUUUCACGCCAGAGAUCUUUGCUAAUGUGGCAACGGAUGCAGCGAGCCUGGAUCGCUUCCUGGCUAGUCUCGUGGAAAACGUGGGUGCUGAUCAGUUCGUUGUCGAGGCUAGGGUUCGAAUGCUCUGGAAAGCCUGCGCUUCUGUCAACAGCUCCUCUUCAAAGCAGGAAUCACCAGAGGAGCCCGCACAAGGCGGGAAAACCGAUUCGUGGGCAGACCCUUUCCCUGCCAAGCUCAGCGCCACUAUGUGGAAGGGCAUGCGCGAGGACUUCCUGUCCUCUUAUCCUUCGGAGCUUCUGUCGCUGGAGGAAACCCCGGGUUCCAGGUUGAUGGCACUCGUGUACAGGGGUGUUUCGGAUAAGUCUCUGAAGUGGCCACAGUGGAAGCACCGCUUGUCUGUGGCGCAAGAGCAGGCCCAUCAGCUGUCCAGACCGUCGAAAAUGCCUCGCUUGGAAAGCCUUCUUUUCGAUGAUGUACCGACUAAGGAGGUGCCACAUGUCCUCCAGUACGGCUAUGUUUCAGGCAUUUUGAACAUGCACGCCACGGCACUGGCCUUGUGCAAGGCUGCUCACCUGUCGGUCUUAAAACGUUAUGUGCAGUCGUUCUUGCGGUUGUGCUUCCCGCAGCUUGAAUCCGGUUUUCGAGGUCCCACGGUGAGCGAAGCCAUUACUGCAGAUGAAAAAGCAUGGCAGGCCAUCAACGAGCUUUACGCCUACCAUGAUUGGGAUUUAGGAGAUGCCGUGGCCGAGAUCAUUGAUGUACGCAUGACGCUCCAUGUGUACCUGCAGCCUCGCCUCGCUUCCGGUCCGCCGUUGCCCGCAGGGGUGCCGCAACCGUACGGGGGCCAAGGAAAGCGCCCUUUCCCAGGCAAGCAGGGAGGCCGAUCCAAAGGCAAAGGUUUUAUGGGCAAGGCUUUUGGAAAGGGCAAGCAGUCGCCGGCUUCGCGUGCCGAUACAGUCAAGGUCUCAGGUCAGGUGCUCACCAUCUGCCGUGAUUUUAACACCAAGGAAGGGUGCAAGCGUGCGGCGGUUGCGCCAGCCUGCACGGGCAGCGGUGGAGUUGAGGCGCUCCAUGUCCCAUCCCCGGGUUCUGCUGUAGGUGCCCAGUCAGCGUCUACCGCAGACAAUGUGGCCUUGGCCGCGGACAGUCCCGAUGCUCCUCUUCUGGACGGGUCGGCAGCGGCUGCACGCACUCUUCAGCCGGAUUAUGCUGGCUGCCUCCAGCACUUGCAAGAGCACUUUUCAUUUUCCAGGCAGAGCGUCCGCUCAUCAGUGGUCGGUGAGCGGGCGGGCUAUUUUAAUUUCGGGGCAAUGUUUGGGUCUGGUCAAGUCGGCCUCACACGUUUAACUCACGCCUUCAAGGUCAGCUGCAUUUUUCUGAAUCAUUUCUUGCUGUCGUGCUUCCCCGAAGGCGAGUGGACUUCCAUUUGUGUUGCACGCUCGGUGCAAACGAGGGUCCAUUCCGAUGCCGGCAACUUGCCUGGCUCCCGGAACUUCUCAGUCUCCCUCGGAGAUUUCACAGGCGGAGAGCUGUGGCUCUCGGGGUCUGGCUCAGUUCCUUCGCGUGACUCCUUUGGCAGAGUUCGGUACCGGCACACCGUGUGCACUCGGCAAGCGCCCUUUGCAUUCAACUGUGAGAUUCCUCACGCAACGAUGCCUUGGCAGGGUGGGCCCAGAUGGGCUAUAACAGGAUACUCCGUGCCAGGUGUUGAGCUUAUGUCUGCUGAGGCUCGCGGUCAGCUCGCCGAGCUUGGUUUUCCCUUGCCAGGCUCCCAGAAGUCGCCUGCCCUAGCACCUCAGGCCUCUUCGGCCAGCCAUCCUGUGGAGCUCCCGGCCCCGCCUCCUUUACCGCACGCCCCAGCCGCACUUUUCCUUGAUGUUUGCUCCGGGGCUGCAUGCCCUUUGUCAGCGGAAUUGGCGUCCCAAGGUGUGUGCUGCCUACCGGUGGAUAUCAUCCGUGAUCCUGAUUCUUGCAACCUCUUGGAUGAUGCGGUUUUUGACAACAUCUUACGCGUGGCCGGUAGUGGCCUGGUUCAACUUGCUCACGCUAGCCCGGCAUGUGCUGAGUUCAGUCGAAUCAAGUCGAAUGCCGAUGGAGGCCCAACUCCUAUCAGGUCGGCUGAAUUUCCGGAGGGCUUGCCUAAUUUGAGUGACUCUGAAAGAAAGCGCCUCGAUAGCAGCAAGCUCCUGCUUGUUCGCUGCGUCGCAAUCCUGGAUGCCGUCUACUCUGCAGGCGGCCACGUGAGUUUCGAACAGCCUCGAAACGCUCUUAGCUGGCUUACGCAUGAAGUGCAAGAGUUUUUAAAACGCAUUUCAGCAGAUUUGGUUGUGGUGCCAGCCUGCUCUGUGGGCGUCUCUGUGCACAAACACUGGCUUUUUGCAUCUUCUUGGCGCCCGCUGCAGUCGCUGGCCGCUGCCUGCAAUCACAGUUAUGCUGAACACGUUGAUGUGCGAGGCGCAAAGGAUUCAGAGGGCCACUGGCUCUCUCAAAGCACUGCAGUUUUCCCGCAACAACUUUGCCAACGAUUUGCCUCACUUGUACGGCCCUUGUUUUCCACAGGCUCUGUAGGCUCUCUAAUUUCUGUUCAGGAAGCCUUUACCAUGCUGCAGCCCAAAUCGCACAGCACAUUGCCGCGGGCUAAUCAAGACGGAGGUGGCAUCUCAUCGUUGCCUGAUUGGUCGUGCCCUCCGCCGGGCCAGCAGGACAAGCUGCAAGGCCUUAGGAAGGCCUGGUCAGACUGGUUGGCGGCCAAGCAUGUUCCCCUUCGACUACGCAAGCACGUGCUUGCCGGCUCCGAGGAGCCCCUGUUCACGCCUGCUGAAAUCACAGAGCUGCGGUCACUGGCGUCAGCAUGGUUCGCAUCGCAAGGUGUUCAGGGUGUAUCUUGGGAAAUUCCGGAAUUCCAACCUUAUGCCUUAGCUGCUCUUCAGCCCUUAGCGACAGUGCUGGAUGACCCCGACACUUCGCUCUGGCCCUGUUUGCUGGACGGCGUCCCCACCGGCAUUGAUGCUAACAUACCUAAGUCAAAUGUGUUCAUCCCAGUGCAACAUGAUCGGCAGGAGCUUGUUGAAAAUUUGCACAUUUGCACAGGUAGCUGGAAACAGGCAGAAGAGCAGCCGGAAUUGCUGGCAGAAUUGGUGCAGAAGGAGGAAAGUGAAGGCUGGAUUUUCUCGGUGCCGAACCUGGCCGCGGCUAAGGCUCGCUGGGGCGAUAGAGUUGCAAUCGGCAAAUGCAACAUUGUUGGGGGCGAUGCUGAGUCCGGCCUACAGGAUGUGAUGAAUAGUCUGAACAUGGGUCUUUUAGGCUUCGAGGCCGCCGGCCAGCUCUGGUUCUAUCGCGUAGCCCCCUUCGGGGGGACUUUCAGUGCCUUGUGGUUUCAACGGGUGUCCUCUUUCUUCACUCGAACAUUGCAUUUAUUGAUCUGGUUGCAACACGCCCUUUGGUCGUACGUAGACGACUAUUUCAUGGUCCAGCCGAGCUCCGUCAUUGAAUUGAUGGCCAGUCUGCUGCUGGCGUUCUGCGCCGCCUUCAAUAUACCCUUGUCGUGGGCCAAAUUGCAAUUAGGAUCCUCAAUCCGGUGGAUCGGGUGGCAGUUUAAUCUGCGUGCGCAAGUUUUCAGUGUACCACCUGAAAAAUUGCAAAAGUUGCUUGCCGCUUGCGUGGCGGUGGUCGAGCAUCGCUACACCACCAAAAAAGCACUUGAGUCCCUCAUAGGUCUUUUGCACUGGAUUCUGCACAUAGCUCCGGCCCUGAAACCCUGGUUGUCCUCCUUGUAUAACGAUUUGGCCAGGCCGCUAGGAACGAGUUUCAGCUUGAAUCCGGGCAUGUGGCAGUCCCUACCGGCCGCCCUGGACAGCUCGAUGCACUUCGUGAGCAGCCCAGCUGGCUCUGGCAUUCCGAUAGGGGGCAAACUCUUGUCCGCUAAGCAUGUGGAAUUGCAUCGGAAGUGUGAUCUCAAGCUUGUGCAGCCCUCAGGGAAAAGGAUCUGGCUUCGCAUCGCGGAUCCACGCACUGAGAAGCGCAGACUCAGUGCCGCCAGCACGGAGUUUGUGAAAUUCUGGAUGCGCUGGGCCAUUUGCACACCCCGCAUGCGUGCAUUGCGCCCACCUCUUGUGGCUGCCCCUUUCUUGAUAGCAGCCGAUGCCAUGGCAUCAGGCAACUGCAUCGGCAUCGGGGGUUUUGCACUUCUGGAAAAGGCGGGCCCGCUACUUUGGUUUUCCGAAAGCUUUGUGGUGCAAGACUUCCUUGAUUUGGGAUUGCAGAUGAAUUUGCAGGCUCAGCGUGACAUCACUUCGUACGAGGUCCUGGCACAACACGCGCUGCUAGUGCUUGUAUCUACAGUUCUGCCCACGGGGCGCAUUUGCAUUCAUUUGCCCACACUUAGCGACAACACCGGCUCG